ACAAUAAUAACAGCCAUUCAUUCGUAUCGUAGAUUCUAUCGUUGACGAAUAUUGUUUUUUUUCAAAAAUUGAAUGAAUGAAAGCCAUAUUUUUCCUUAUGCACAUAACAUAACGUUAUUGGUCAGCAGCAACAACAGCAACGAUGAUGAUGAUGGCGAUUAUCAUCUAAAAACUUAAGACCGCCUUCAUAUUUUUUAUGUUUUUGUUUUCCUUUCUUGAUUUUUUUUCUCCAACUCUAACAAUUUGAUUGUGUCGCAAAAACUAAAAAAUAGUGACGACUACGACAAUGAUAUUCACAUUUUCACUUCCAGGUUUUUAAUAUUGGUUGGUUAUUGUGGUUAGAUUCAGUUUUUUCUUCUUACUUCUUUGACCUAUGUCCGUUUACCGUGUGUGUAUGUAUAGAUGGUAUCAAAUGCAAAGAAAAUAUGGAUCAUCAUAGCAGAAAAAAAAUUGUAACAUCAUGAUCAAUGGAUUAUAACGUGUCGAUCAUCAAAAAUAAAAAUUUUCCACUACAUCUUAUAUUUAUGAUGAUGAUAUUAUUCUUAAGACUAAUAAUAUAUGCCCAGUCAUCAUCAUCAUCAUCAUCAUGAUCGUCUGAAAGCCAAAAAUAAAAAGAAAAUUCAAGUCAUAUAUUGUGCCUGUGUGUUUUCUGUGUGUGUGUUUGUGUGUUAAUAUUUUUCAUGCUGUCCAUCGUGGAAUCCUGCUGAUUUCUUCAUCUUUUUUUUCUCUUCAUACUACAUUAAAAUUGAUUCCAAUGUAUUCUAUUUGCAUGUUUGUUUGUCAUUGCAGAAAAAAUCUUUAGCCCGUGGUGGACAACAACAGAAAAAAAAUAUAAUGAAGAAACAAAUGCCCAAUGUGAUCAUCAUAAUGACGAUGAAACGAAAAUUUUUCUACUGCCUGUCAAUGACAUGUUUGUUGAUAUUGAAUUUCAAAUUAUUAUUAUUAUUUGAACAUGAUCAAAUUGUUUGGGCCAGUCCAGUGUUGGUCAAUGAUAAUCAUAAUAACAAUAAUAAUAACCAAACAAUACAGGUUCAGCUAUUUAAAUAUAACGAACGACCACUAGGAUCAAUGAAUGAUCAUCAUAUUGGUCAAAGCCGGUCCAAUAAUGACGAAGAAACGACAACAAUUUUGCCAUAUUUUUUCCAACAUUCAUCGAUUUUAGGGCCAUCAUCAUCAUCAUUAAAUAUUACGAAUAAUUCAACAUAUUAUCGAUCGAAUUCUGAUUCAGAUGACAAUAACCAUCCAUCUCAACCGCGAACAGAUUUAUAUACGAUUGAAUUAACAUCUCCAUCAGUAUCACAACAUCAUCAUCAACUACAGCACCAUUCAAGACAGGCUAAACUUGAUGAUAAUAUUGUUUUCAAUUAUAAAUGUCCUAAACAACAUUUUAUUCAUCCAUGCGAUUGUCUCGAACUUGACAAACGAGCUGAAAUGUAUGAUGAUGGCAGUGGUGAUAGCGGCGCCGACGAUAUUACCGUGAAUGGAACACCGACAUUCGAAAUGAUCGAAGAGGAUCCCAUCCAUCCUGAUCUAAUCGAAACAGUCGUUCUUUGUAAAAAUAUACGAAAUGCUCAAGUACUUACCGAAGCGAUUCGUGGUUUUCAAGGACAUCGAGUGAAUUUUAUGGUUCUUGAUGGAUGUAAACUACCUCCUUUUCCUAACAAUCUUUUCAAGGGUAUUCACAUUGUUUGGAUGGAAAUUCUUAAUUCAACCAUGCAAUUUCAUGACAAUUUUUUUCAAAACACCAGACAUUGUCCGUGAAAACAAAGCGCCCAUCAAA